ACCGCUCGCGACGAUCCAAGAAUCUUUACUUCGCUAAAUAUUCAUCUAAAAAAAUUCAAAUCCCGUUAAUAAAAGCCCGCGGCCACUCACGGCACAACGAUAUGUCCCGUCUAAUCGGCCGACAUCUACAAUCAAUUUAAAAGUAACACUGAUUAUCAUUCCGAUUAGUAAUUAAUUAUUACGACCACUAAAAAGUUAUUUUCGAUUAAAAUACCGAGUUUAAACCAUCGUUUAUUGUUGUGCUUUGAGCGUGGCGGUUGUGUCUGAAGGUUUCCUGAAAUGGUGAUACAAAAAAUCUGCUGCUUAGGAGCUGGUUACGUCGGUGGUCCAACCUGCAGUGUUAUAGCACUGAAAUGCCCCAAUAUUAAGGUAACGGUUUGCGACAAAAGCGAAGAGAGGAUAAAGCAAUGGAACUCUGAUAAGCUACCGAUUUACGAGCCUGGCCUAGACGAUGUAGUCCGCGAAUGUAGAGGUAAAAAUUUAUUUUUCUCAACGAACAUCGCCGAAAGCAUUCGGGAAGCCGAUUUAAUAUUUAUAUCCGUUAACACGCCCACGAAGACCAUAGGUAACGGGAAAGGGCGAGCUGCAGACUUGAAGUACAUAGAGAGUGCAGCCCGCAUGAUAGCGGAUCUGGCCACCAGCAAUAAGAUUGUCGUCGAGAAAUCGACUGUUCCAGUCAAAGCUGCUGAAAUUAUUAUGAAAAUCCUUCGUGCCAAUACCAAACCUGGCGUUGAGUACCAGAUCCUGUCGAACCCUGAGUUUUUAGCAGAGGGAACCGCUAUAGUUGAUCUUGUUGAGGCUGAAAGAGUUCUGAUCGGCGGGGAAGACACCCCAGAAGGCCAGAAAGCUGUUCAGGAACUAUGCUGGGUGUACGAACACUGGAUCCCGGCGAAGAACAUCCUGACAACCAAUACUUGGAGUUCAGAGCUGUCUAAACUUGCAGCAAAUGCCUUCCUUGCCCAACGAAUAUCGAGCAUCAACUCGUUAUCAGCUGUCUGUGAAGCAACAGGUGCUGAUGUGUCAGAAGUGGCCAGAGCUGUUGGUAGGGACUCUCGUAUUGGCCCCAAGUUCCUUGAGGCUUCCAUCGGCUUUGGGGGCAGUUGUUUCCAGAAAGAUAUAUUAAAUUUGAUUUAUUUGUGUGAAUGCUUGAAUCUGCCAGAAGUAGCAGCCUACUGGCAGCAAGUGGUGAGCUUAAACGACUACCAGAAGACGAGGUUCACUCGGAAAGUAAUUGAGGCACUCUUCAAUACAGUAUCGGAUAAGAAAAUAGCUAUACUCGGAUUCUCGUUCAAGAAGAACACAGGGGACACAAGAGAGUCUCCCGCCAUAUAUGUCUGCAGUACGUUAUUGGAUGAAGGUGCAAAGCUGCACAUUUACGAUCCGAAAGUGGAGCACGACCAGAUAUACUAUGAGCUGACCAAUCCCUAUGUUACUUCAGAGCCUGAGAAAGUACGGAAAAACAUUACGAUCCACGACUCAGCCUAUUCAGCGAUAUCAGGGGCUCACGCCAUCAUCCUAUGCACGGAGUGGGACGAAUUCAGGAGCCUGGACUUCAAGAAAAUCUACAACAACAUGAUGAAGCCGGCUUAUCUGUUUGACGGGAGGAAGAUUCUGGACCACGAUAUGCUGAUAAACAUUGGCUUCCACGUUCAAACAAUAGGGAAGAGGCUCUCCAGGACUAACAGCAUUAGAGCCCAAGGCAGUCAGACUAUGCCCUGAGAGAUAUUGCGAAUACUAUUUAAUAAGGAUACUUAUACAUAUAUAUAUAAAAUGAGGAGUGAUAGGCUGUUUGGUUCAAGCAACAUUUCGCUUAACACGCGCCAUUUAUCUUUGUAAUUAAAGGUCCGUUUUAUUUGGUAUCAGCAUCAACGGUUCAAUGUUUUUAAUUGAACUUCAAUUAAGUUUAUUCCAUAGAAAUAGCUGAAGUGGUUUUUUUUCGGUUCGUUACGAUAUUUCUUACAAAUACCAAACUUUAAAUUGUGGACACUGGACGAUUCACUCAAACAGUCUUCUUAGCAAAAAAGGGGUUUCAAAGAAAGCCACAUAAAACGAACCUCCAAGUGAAUUUAUUAAUAAUAUAACAUUUGAGUUCAUUGAACAUUUGCAAAAGUCUGUGGCGCGGGGCAACAUUACUAGUAUUGUUAUCUAUUGGCGACAAUCAUCACAUAAUAUGUGAAUUCCUUUUUUUUUUUAAACCUAAGCUGAUAACCUUGAG